GGCCGCGCAGCGCAGAGCGGGGAUGUGUAUUGAAGUUCACAAAGACAGAAGCUCGGAUACCCAUCCGCGUAGGAGGAUAUACUUCCUAAGAGACUAUGAGGAAACUGAGGCCCAAAGAAGUCAUCCCAUUUGGUUAAAGCCCAUAGCAGGCCAGAGCCAGAUCGGGGACCAGAAACCUGGCCUCGGGCACUCAGCUCUCCUGAGGAUCGCUUUUCUACAAAUGAGAAUUCCUCUCUCCUAAAAUGGAGCCAGGUAAAAAGAUGGACUCGGCCAGUGCGCUGCAAACCAACCCACCGCUGAAGCUGCAGCCUGACCGCGGUGCGGGCUCUGUGUUUGUCCCUGAGCAGGGUGGCUACAAGGAGAAGUUUGUGAAGACUGUGGAGGACAAGUACAAGUGCGAGAAGUGCCACUUGGUGCUGUGCAACCCCAGGCAGACCGAGUGUGGGCACCGCUUCUGCGAGAGCUGCAUGGCCGCCUUGCUCAGCUCUGCUAGUCCCAAGUGUACAGCGUGUCAAGAGAAUGUCCUCAAAGAUAAGGUGUUUAAGGAUAAUUGCUGCAAGAGGGAGAUCCUGGCCCUGCAGAUCUGUUGCCGGAAUGAGGCCAGGGGCUGUACUGAGCAGCUGACGCUUGGGCAUCUGCUGGUGCACUUGAGGAACGACUGCCAGCUCGAGGAGCUCCCCUGCACGCGCGCCGACUGCAGGGAGACGGUGCUGAGGCGAGACCUGCGUGACCAUGUGGAGAAGGCCUGCAAGUACCGCGAGGCCACGUGCACCCACUGCAAGAGCCAAGUCCCCAUGAUCACGCUGCAGAAACACGAAGACACUGAGUGCCCCUGUGUGGUGGUGUCCUGCCCUCACAAGUGCAGUGUCCAGACUCUCCUGAGGAGCGAGUUGAGUGCACACUUGUCAGAGUGUGUCAAUGCCCCCAGCACCUGUAGUUUUAAGCGCUAUGGCUGCGUUUUUCAGGGGACAAACCAGCAGAUCAAGGCACACGAGGCCAGCUCCGCUGUGCAGCACGUCAACCUGCUGAAGGAGUGGAGCAGCUCGCUGGAGAAGAAGGUUUCCUUGCUGCAGAAUGAAAGUGUAGAAAAAAACAAGAGCAUACAAAGUCUGCACAAUCAGAUCUGUAGCUUUGAAAUUGAGAUCGAGAGGCAAAAGGAGAUGCUUCGAAACAACGAAUCCAAAAUCCUUCACUUGCAGCGAGUCAUAGACAGCCAGGCAGAGAAGCUGAAGGAGCUAGACAAGGAGAUCCGUCCCUUCCGACAAAACUGGGAGGAAGCAGACAGCAUGAAGAGCAGUGUGGAGUCACUGCAGAACCGUGUGACGGAGCUGGAGAGCGUGGACAAGAGCGCGGGGCAGGCAGCUCGGAACACAGGCUUGCUGGAGUCCCAGCUGAGCCGGCAUGACCAGAUGCUGAGCGUGCACGACAUCCGCCUGGCCGACAUGGACCUGCGCUUCCAGGUGCUGGAGACUGCCAGCUACAAUGGCGUGCUCAUCUGGAAGAUCCGUGACUAUAAGCGCCGGAAGCAAGAGGCUGUCAUGGGGAAGACGCUGUCCCUGUACAGCCAGCCCUUCUACACUGGCUACUUUGGCUACAAGAUGUGCGCCAGGGUCUACUUGAAUGGGGACGGGAUGGGCAAGGGGACGCACUUGUCGCUGUUCUUCGUCAUCAUGCGCGGAGAGUACGACGCCCUGCUGCCGUGGCCAUUUAAGCAGAAGGUGACGCUCAUGCUGAUGGAUCAGGGCUCCUCCCGGCGCCACUUGGGGGACGCGUUCAAGCCAGACCCCAACAGCAGCAGCUUCAAGAAGCCCACUGGGGAGAUGAACAUCGCCUCUGGCUGCCCAGUCUUUGUGGCCCAAACUGUUCUAGAAAAUGGGACGUAUAUUAAAGAUGAUACCAUUUUUAUUAAAGUCAUAGUGGAUACUUCGGAUCUGCCUGACCCCUGAGAGGCCGGCGGAUGGUGGCUUCAGCAGAAGGUAACUCCUCUGGGUGGAACCGGUCUGUCUUCACUGAGGUCCUGAGUGCGGGGAGGACCUUGUGGAGCGGAGGAUGCGGCAGGAGCAGAUGCGGCCACGGGAGGAGCCCGCGGAGACGCCCCACCGUGCCCUCCCGUAGCCUAGCCGCCCUUUACUCUGAAGAAUUAUUUAUCCUUUGACAAGAUAAAUAUUGCCGUGAGAGAAGUUUUCCAUUUUCAUUUUUAAAGAUCUAGUUAAUCAAGGUGGAAAACAUAUAUGCUAAGCAAAACAAACAUGAUUUUUCUUCCUUAAACUUGAACACCAGACACAGAACACACACGGAAGAGCUGGGCCUGUCAGCAUGUUAAGUAGAAGGAUAACUUAUGAAAUAAUAACACAGUUCUGAAUAUUCGUUCUACAAAUCAAGAGUGCAGUCUUGUUCCAAAUAUAGUCUGCUGUCUAUUUUUAAGGCCU